AUGGACACCUCGAUCCAAACCGCUGGCUAUCUCGUCUUCCUCCUCUUCCUUCCCCCGCUCUGGACUCUUUGGAUAUGGAUGAUCGUCUCGAAACCUGCCAUCAUCUUCCAUGUCUCUCAGGUGUUCUUCAACUUCCUCGCAAUGGCCACCAUGGCCGGUGCAGCUGCUUUCCAGGCCAAAUGGAAAGUCGGUCCUUCCGGCCUCAGCGGUUUCGCCAUAUUCAUCGCAGUCUUCGGCAUCUUCUACUCGCUUUUCAUUCUUCUCGUUCCCGUCAUAUACGAGAAGUUUGACAAGGGUGCUCGGCUUGCUCGUGCUCUCAAGGAAACUCGUGUCAGCUUCAUCCUUGCUGGUGCUGGUACGGCCAUCAGUCUUCUGAUCGCUUUCAUCGUCACUAUCUCUGCCUGGACCGAGGCGGGCUGCAAAGAUGCCACCAAGGAUCCCCACGCUAGCCUGGGGGCAUCAUUCCGCAGCGGGCUCGACGGUUUCUGCAGCACGAAGAAGGCUGCGGCGAUCUUCUUCUGGUUUGUCUUUAUCUUCUGGGCCGCGUCGUUGACGCUUGUCAUCCUUGACUGGCGUAACGGCAAAACUUCACGCGCGCGCGACCCACCUUUCGCCCACCCGGUGGAGGUUUCUGAGGGCUCUAUCUAUGAGCGCGCUGAUGACCGCGACGAUGACGACGAAGAGAGCCACAACAAGCCAUACUCCGACACUACACAAACCGCAUAUUCUCCAUUCAGCGACGCUAACCGCCUCUCUGGCGCACAAUCCGACUCAUACCAGCAGCCCUCCGCUCCUGGCUACAGCAGCUCGUCUCCCGCUCCCCGACCGAGCAUCGACGCCUACGGCGCGUUCUCCGACCCCGCCCCUUCAGGAUUUGCUGGCGGUUUCGCGCCUCCGGACUCGAACCCUCGUGUCAGCCGUACAAUGCAGUACGCCGACCCGUACGCCGCCGUCCGCGCGUCCAUUUCUGUCGGCCAGUCGAACGGCGGAAACGUGACGCCGCCGGGCCCUCCCGCUCCUGGCUACUCAUCCUACGGCGAGUACAGGUGA